AUGUUAAUGGUGCUAGCAACUUCAACAGAAUUCUGGGCCACUCUCAAGCUGCUUUAUUGUUAUUCAUCCAAUGGAACGCAUCAGAAUUUUCCGGACUUGGUGAUUCGACCAGUUUCUUAUAAUCGAGUGUCACAGUGUAAGUGGGAGACGUACACUGCAAGCUGUUCGGUAACAAUUAUUCCGCGUUUCUUCACAAUCACAUCUGGAAAAAGUGAGCUGCUCGAGACUAAUCAAGUGACACAGAUCACUUACGAGACCCCAAUGUUACGACGGUAUGACGUAAUUGCGUGCAAUACACCUCUAUUCUAUGUAGACAACUGGCAAUUGCUGCUAACAUCCGUGGAAUUGCGGCGAUAUUUCGGUGUUUCGCUACAGGUUUUCUACAUCAUCAGCAUCGAGCACAAUUUAAUGCAACUGCUACAGUCAUACGCAAUCGACGGCUACGCAACACUAGAACCAUUUGCAGCAAUCGAUAUUGGAAGCGUGAAAUAUAACUACACUCCUAAAGAAGAGAUUGCUUUUCGAGGUGCCGAAAUCGCAUACAACGGAUGCUUCUUCAAAUAUAAGGUGUAA